GUAAAUAACAUUUAAGCAGCUGAUCCAAUUCUUGUGUUCAAAACAACAAAAUUCAAAGCAAUUAAUUGUGCGCUGGUUUUUCUUUUUGCCUUUACUUGUAUUAGGAAUUAUUCUUUAAAAUAUUUAUUGAUAGAGAAAAAAAUAUCCAGACUUAUAUAUAUCAAUGAAUUCGGCCACUGCGUCAACAAAUCGAAUUCUAACUUGUUUUAGCUAUUAAAAGCAACAAAUAAAUGACGUAUUAAUAAGUACGCUAAAAUAAACCAGUUGCAAAACAAACAUUUAUUUACUGUAUAUUGUUUCCAUUAAGAUAGAAAUAGGAAAAAAUAUCGUUGCUCUAAAUUCAUCUGAGACUCGAUCAGAUGGGCUGUCGGCGAUUUUCUGGAGGAGGACAUCACCCACACGGAGGUCCACCUCCCCCUCGUCACCAUCAUCACCAUCGUGGCAGACAUGGUGCUGGUGGACGCUGUGGACACGGACACCAGCACCAGCCUUUUCCACCACCGCCUCAUCGCCCCCAUCGACAUGGAAGUCACUUUUGGGAGGGAUACGGUCCACCUCCACCACCGCCCCAUUAUCCACCACCAGGGGGAUAUCUGUAUGGUGGCCACCAUUGGCAGGGAUAUCCUCCUCCGCCACCUCCGCCUCCUUCUUCACACCACCCCCCACCAUCUGGAUCUCCAGCAGGAGGGUGUCCGCAUUGCGGUUGCCCAGGAGGCGGUCCACCUCAAAGUGGAUUUCCUGGUACCGAAAGACCUCACAACGAAACCUCAAACGACGAUCAGCAUGGCAGCUUCCAAUCUCCAAUUCCCGGUGGCGAAGUUCCUACUGAUGAAAUACCUGGAAAAAAUAAAUACGAAAUCAUUGAUAUUUAGACAACAGUAGAAAAUGUUUCAAAAAAGGUAGAGACUCAAACUUAAGUCCCUCAGCCAGGUAGAAUACCUUUCAGCUACCUACUUGAUAUUACCAAAUCGUGGUAUAAAAAUCAAAAAAAUAUUAGAGCCGCCUCAGUACCGAAACUUCAGCCACGAUGAAACUACUGAUUGCUCUGUUUGCACUGGUGACCGCUGUGAACGCUCAGAAUGGAUUCGGCCAAGUUGGACAAGGAGGAUAUGGAGGGCAAGGAGGAUUUGGAGGAUUCGGAGGAAUCGGCGGGCAAGCAGGUUUUGGUGGACAAAUAGGAUUCACUGGACAGGGUGGAGUUGGUGGCCAGGUGGGAAUUGGUCAAGGCGGAGUCCACCCGGGUCAAGGAGGAUUCGCUGGACAAGGUUCUCCAAACCAAUAUCAGCCUGGUUACGGAAGUCCUGUGGGAUCUGGCCAUUUCCAUGGAACUAAUCCAGUUGAGUCCGGUCAUUUUCACGAAAAUCCUCAUGAAUAUCCGGAACAUCAUGGCGAUCAUCACCGUGAACAUCAUGAGCACCAUGGACACCACGAACAUCAUGGACAUCAUAGACAUUAGUACAAAUAUGAGAAUACCCAUGACAAAAUUAAAGGAAUGUAAUGCUAUAGUUCUCUACCGUAAAUUCUUAAGAAACACUUGCUUGUUUCUGAAGUCUCUAUUGUAUCUAAUGUCCAGAAUUGAUUUGUAAAAGUGAUUCUUUAUCUAAAACCCCCUUGAGAUCCACUAUACAACGUGCCUUCUUGAAUUUCAGUAUCUAAAAUGAAAAAAAAAACGGAGUCUCAAUAAAAAAGUAAAUAAG